AUGGCGCUUCGCAACCAUGUCUGUUCACCGACAGGAUUGCAGAAUAUCAAGAGCCUGAAUACUAGCAAUACUCAAAGUAAAGCAAGCUCUCGGUCGAUCUCCCACACAGAGGCCAGAUUUGGUGCGACGCUCAGUAAGACACUGGAACGAUUCAAGGCGCAAGAUCUUGGCAAGGCGUACAGGACGAGGCCUUCACGCAAUGGUAGUCAGACGCAGUCGAGGACUAGGGCAGAAGAUGCUGCAGAGGUAUUCAAUGCGUUCAUGAGCUCAGAUUGUGGGGACAGCGACGAGAGCGAGGACGAGCCUCUUCUACAUCGAAAGAUUUCUGCGGAUAGGAUAGACCAGCACAAAGCGGCGAACAAGGCCACAAACCCCUCGACUCGUUUACGAGCUGGUGCAACAUCCGGCAGAAAACGUGCAAAGACAGCCGGUGGUGACUCAGCGUUGAUCGUUCUGGCGGUCGAUGACCAGGCUAUCAAAAAGGAGCAUAGCCCCAGUCUUUCGCUAUUUCCAGAACAGUCAGAGCAUCACCCAAGCCCAAGGACUCUCGUUGUUACUCCUGAAGCCGAGCAAGUCCCAAACUUUGGGACCGAGACCAUUGCAACGCCCAAGAGAUCCAGCUCAGCUCCGCUCGUCACACCUCCUACUAUCACCAAGCGCCUUCGCCUUACGGAUGAGAACUUGGAGCACUUGUGA